CCGCUCCGCGUAUUUUUACGUGGACUUCACGGCAUUGCGUCACGUUGAUGAAUUUGAAGAGGUGCUACCGAGAGGCGCAUCCGUCCGCCUAUGAUAAACAAAUCUGCGCCAGUCAGUUGCGUCGGUGAUAUAACCCCGGUUCGCGCGGCUCGGGAUGAUCGGUGAGGCUCAUGAACUCGCUCUUCCGUUCGAUCUCCGCGCCAUCCCGCGGUGUGACGGAUAGACACGGGUCCGCUGCGACCAUGGCGGGUCCCGCAUUCACCGGAGCGCACGGGACCUGGAUCACAUCCCGGUUACGGGAGGACGCGUCAUCUUCCUCAUCGUUAUCAUCUUCGUCGUCCGCAGAGAAACCGCGCAAACGGAGAGCAUUUAACCUGGUCAGAUUGCGGCAGCCCGCCGCCCCCGGUAACAACAACACACCGUUUGUGAUCUCCGGUCAUAUCAAGCACAUCUGCAGUAACUGCAGCCGCGGGAACGACAUCCGGGACGCAGAGGGGGCGGAGCGUCUGGCGGCGAUGCGCUCUGAUUCGCUGGUUCCCGGGACACACACGCCUCCGAUCCGCAGACGCAGCAAACUGGCCAGUUUGGGACGACUCUUCAAACCGUGGAAAUGGAGAAAGAAAAAGAGCGACACGUUCAAGCAGACGUCUGCAGUGCUGGAGAGGAAGAUGUCGACGCGUCAGAGCAGGGAAGAGCUCAUCAAGAGAGGCGUGCUGAAGGAAGUGUAUGAGAAAGUAGAGGAGGUCAGUAUGAGUGAUCUGGACAGACAGACGGUCAUCAGUCCGGUGUCAGAGUCGUUAGAGCCCAGCGGCACAGCGACAGUGUCGUUCUCAGAGGUCCAGUCGUCUGGAGAAACUGUGGCGUGUCUCUCGGAUCUCGUCCCAAAGCCAUGUCAAGCCCCGCCCCCUGUGAAGCCUGUGCCGUUGCCUAGCGACAGCGCUGACAUCACUCACGCGAGGCCGUCGUCGCUGAAGCAGCCUCCUGCCUUACCGCCGAAGCCAUACAGCCGGAUCCCCAACCAUCUGACAGAGACGCUGGCCAGGCUGUCGCCGCCUCUGCCUCCAAAGAAAGUGAUGAUAUGUGAGCCGACGCCCUCGUUUCCCCUCAAAUGCCUGCCGUCCCAGGGCUCACACACACACGCGCUCACACACACACACUCGCAGCAGUACGCCACACUGCCGCUGUCACUGCAUCCACCCAGCCGCAUCAUUGAAGAACUCAACAAAACACUCGCACUCACCAUGCAGAGACUCGAGAGCUCUGUACUGCAGGCGAUGCCAUCUGUCCUGAUGGAGACGGAAGAGGAGAAGGAGAACAGAGAUUCAAUGCACCAAACUCCUGCCAACACACACACACUCAUCACACACACCUUCAGCACACACGAGGAAGAGGACGAGGAAGAGGAGGAUGAUGACGACUCGCUGUUUACAAGUACGCUUGCUUUAAGGAUCUUACGGAAGGAUUCGCUGGCGAUCAAACUGAGCAAUCGGCCGUCGAAGAGAGAACUGGAGGAUAAAAACAUCUUACAGAUGAUGAGUGACCAGGAGCGGAUAGAGUCCAGACAACAGAUCGGCACCAAACUCACCCGUCGUCUGAGCCAGAGACCGUCAGCAGAAGAGCUGGAGCAGAGGAACAUCCUCAAACCGCGGAACGAGCAGGAGGAGCUGGAGGAGAAGCGCGAGCUGAAGAAACGGCUCUCCAGGAAGCUGAGUCAGAGGCCCACUGUAGAGGAGCUCCGAGAGGCCAAGAUCCUCAUCCGCUUCAGUGAUUACGUGGAGGUGGCAGAAGCUCAGGACUACGACCGGCGCGCAGACAAACCCUGGACCAGACUCACUGCUGCUGAUAAGGCUGCCAUACGCAAAGAGCUGAACGAGUUCAAAAGCACAGAGAUGGAGGUGCACGAGUCCAGUCGACAUCUAACCAGGUUUCAUCGGCCGUAGAGCUGCUUCAGCCCGUCUCUAAUGGACUCUGGACAGACUCUGUUUGAUCAGGAAUCCCUCGCAGCAGAUCUGAGCUGACGCUGAUCUGUCUGUGUGCACAUAUUUCUCUACAUUUUGACAAAAACUGAUCUAUCACGUGCUCUUCGCCAUGAAGUUCUCUCUUUGUGUUUAGUUUUCCAGCCGAUGGUUUUUAAUGCAGCAGACGAUGUAGUUGAUUUUCUAUUUGUAACUGAUAAACUAUUCCAGUCCUUUUAGUUUUCAAAAACCAAGAACACUUUCGACUUUCUAACGAGUGCAAACCACAUUAUUACACGCCGUCUUUAAAGAAAUAGUUCUGCCAGAAAUUAAAAUUCAUCAGUGUUGGAAGAACUAUUCCUUUAAUUCCACAUUUCCUGCUUAUUUGUAACUUAUGUGCAUCUGCUUGACACUUUUAUCCAGUGCUUUUAAAUACGUGUUUUUAUCAGUUCGUUCAUUCUUUGGGAGUCAAACCCCUGAUGUUGGCUGCUGUUUUAAAUCUUAAAACCCAAGAACAUCAUUAACCAAUAACAAAAGAGCAAAGUUUGCCACGCCCACGCUGCUGACCAAUCACAGGAGGCGAUCUUGACGGGCGACAGGACAGAGCAAUAACGUGUUAAGAGUGACUGAUUGUUCUCGAGUCCUGAUGAGUGUUUCCAAACCGGGUUUUCGUUCCUCCUUCGUCUCAUUUUGUUCUCAUUGGUGCUCAGCCGUCAUGUGAUCGAGCGUUGGGCGACCCUUUAAACCCCGCCCACUUUACAGGGCAUCCGUUGCCAAAAUAAAACCAAAACAGUUGAAGGGAAUCACAAUAAUCAGUGUUAUGUUCGUUUCUUUUGUAUUUUAUUCACAGUGUUCAUACAGAAAUAGCAACAGUAACAUAAAAAUAAAAAGCUCAUUCUGAUUUACA